AUGAAGGAAGUUGUCAUUGUUGAACCAGAAACAUUUUGUUCAUUCGAUAUAUUACUUGAUCCGUUGGAUUCAGAUCCACCAUUGUUAGAAGUAUUGUCAGAACCGCCGUUGUUAGAACCGCUGGAUUCAGAUCCAGAACCACCAUUGUUAGAACCACUGGAUUCAUCACCGUUGUCAGAACCACCAUUGUUAGAACCAUUAGAUUCAUCGCCAGAACCAGAGCCAGAGCCAUUGGAUUCAUCACCGUUGUUAGAACCACCGUUGUUAGAUCCGUUGGAUUCAUCACCGUUGUUAGUACCAUUAGAUUCAUCACCAGAACCAGAGCCAGAACCAUUGGAUUCAUCACCAGAGCCAGAACCACCGUUGUUAGAACCGUUGGAUUCAUCACCAGAACCAGAGCCAGAACCAUUGGAUUCAUCGCCAGAACCAGAGCCAGAGCCAUUGGAUUCAUCACCGUUGUUAGAACCACCAUUGUUAGAACCAUUGGAUUCAUCGCCAGAACCAGAGCCAGAACCAUUGGAUUCAUCACCGUUGUUAGAACCACCGUUGUUAGAACCGUUGGAUUCAUCACCAGUAGCUUCCGAGUUGGAACCAGUGGUUGUAAUACUUGAAACUGUUGUGUCAUCGGUACUGUAA